AUGGCUGCUUCCAACAAGAGAAGCUACACAAUGGCCGCCGAAGCCGCCACCGAGAUCGUGUCACAGAAACUAGAGAUCUUGCUCUCUCACCCAGUGCAACUCGGAUGCUUAUCCAUGGAAACCCAAGCGAAUGCUGCCAAGGAGAAGCUGGCCAUGAUCCAAAAGUUCUUUUCCACUCAAGAUGGACCGUCCGAUAGCACGGAGUGGUUGAUGCGGCUCCUCCGAGCCAUGUUUGAUGCUGAGGUAUUCAUCGACAAGUUCCACCUCAGAGAUGCACGCUGGAGGCACAUGGCCACAAGGCCGCUCACCGUGCUCGUCCCAAAGUACAUGCUGUAUAGGGACUUGUCCAAUUUGGUGAAUGACAUUGAGGAGUUGUGUCAAGAUCAGAACGUGAUUUCGAUUGUGGGUGAGCAAGGCACCGGCAAGACGUUCCUCGCGAGAUUGGUCUACAAGGAAGCGAUGUACCUGGGCUUCAAUCCGCGCGCUUGGGUCCACGUCUCAGCCGGCAUGGACACGGGGGAGUUCCUGUUCGAGAUACUGAAGCAAGUGGACAACCUAGUAGGGGACAUGAGGGGCAUGAGUUUGUACCAGAUAACGGAUAAACUAUACAAGCAAUUGGCCACGACGAAGAAGUUCCUCAUAGUGUUGGAUGAUGUUCAGCCGUCCAACGAGCAACUCUUGCAAAGAUUCCUGAUGAUCCUCCCGCUCCCCUCAGAGGGCUGCAUAAUUACCACGACUCGAGACGAUGGCAUAGCUAAGGCGAUAAGUCCACACGAGGAUCUGAUCAUGCUAAUAGACUUCGGCCAGGAAGAAAUCCAGAAGAUGCUCGCUAAGAAGUUGCAUAGAGCACCCGAUGCUAAGAGCCUCACGGAUGUGGAGAAGGCUAUGAUAGAGAGGUGUCGUGGCUUGCCACUCUAUAUAUCCUUACUUGGUGGGUUACUGUCGAAUGCUGGAGAGCACGAACGCACAGCGUUGCCGAAAGAUGGUCCUAUGAUGACAUUAUCAGAUAUUCUCGAAUUGAGUUACCAUAGAUUACCAAACCAUCUAAAACCAUGCUUCAUCUACAUGGCUUUGUUCCCCGUAGCAUCCCCGAUCCCGACAAAAAGGCUAGUGAGGCUGUGGUUGGCGGAGGGCUUAUUGGAUUUGUAUUGUCACAACAGAGAAGUGAAUACGACAAGGCUACCCGAGGAUGUGGGAGAGACGUUCAUUCUGGAGCUUGCAGAUAGGAACAUGAUCGAUGUGGUUAGCUGGAGGGGAGAUGGAUCACCCAAAGCUUGCCAAAUGCUCACCUCUCUGUAUGACAUGAUCCUCCUCAUAGCAAAGAGCACUGGGCUCCUCCACAUACAUGCUGCUGGCAAGUCGAAAGACAGGAACAACCACGACCCAACCGGCCAGCAACAACAGCUGCCGGCCCAAACGCGAGAGAGAGCCAGGGUCCGGUGGCUCGCGGAGCACAUGAGUGUUGUCACAGACAGCAGCGGGGGUAGCUACCCUGAUUUGAACCUCGACCACGUCCGCUCGUUUCUGUCAUUCUACCCGAGGAGAGGCAUUCUCACCAAAGACAUUAGCAAGUUUCUUAGGAAGCUGACGUCCAAGACUGAUUAUAGCUUGCUAAGGGUGCUUGACUUGGAGGGUGUGUAUAAACCAUCCUUGCAAGGUGUGCUCCACAAGCUGGUGCUCCUAAGGUACCUAGGAUUGAGAUCCACAGUGUUGGACUCGAUCCCACGCGAGGUUGCGGAUCUGCACUAUCUCGAGACUCUUGACAUAAAGCACACCAACAUCACUUCGCUGCCGAGUUCCUUGUGGAAGGCGAGGAACUUGAGGCACCUGCAUAUCAACUGGUUCUACGUCAACUUGAAGAAGAUCCUCAAGGCUUGUAGCAACAAUGACAUGGCCUUGGCUCAACUCCAAACCUUAAGUGGGCUGGUCAUUGGUGAGGUCAACGAGAACUUGAUGAGGGACCAUACGGACAGCUUGACCACGCUCACCACGCUCAAGCUUUUCUUGCAACGCUCGGAUACUGAUACGGACACAUCAGGCGCUGCAGGAAAAGCAGUAGCAGAUUGGAUUAGCUUCAGGCUCACCAAUCUCCAGUCCUUGACCUUUGGAGUGAUCCAAGAAGCCAUGCCCCGGAAAGAAGCCGAGCCCGCAAAAGAAACCAAGCCAUCGCAUAUAGGCCCGUCACCGAAACUGUCGUUGGCUGAAAAACAUCACAACCUGUUCAAGCUCUACUUGCUGGGCCAACUCGAAAAACCCAUCUGGACAGAGCUCUUGCCGGGCUCACUCAGGGUAUUGACUCUGUCAGGUUCGAAGGUGAAAAUAGACAUGAUGCCCGAGUUGGGUGGUCUCCUGAGGAACCUGAGGACGCUUAGGCUCUUGGCCGAUUCUUUCCUAGGCACUAGUCUGAGGUUCAUCAAAGAUGGGUUUCCGAGCCUCAUGAUCUUGAAGAUUUGGAGGCUGCCACAGCUUGAGAAGGUGAUUAUUGAACAAGGAGCAAUGCAACAUCUCAAAGAACUGGAGUGUAGGUUCCUCAAAAGUAUGAAAGUCGUUGAAGGGAUCGAGAAGUGUGAGGAAUUAGAGACUAUAUGUGUGGUAGUCAAAAAGGGCGCUAAAGAUUUUGGUGACCGUCUCAAGAAAGAAGCACGAGACACGACGAAUCCCAUAUUAAAGACCAACUCAGUCAACCAAGAAGGUCAGCAUGCAUUCAAGCUCAACAACACCCUCAUUGACAAUUGA